AUGGGCUCGCUCAAUUCUAUUUUUGGCCGAUAGACUAGCCAAAAAGGCAGGGGCAGGGUAUCCACCACUUUUUCUUCAACCCUCUUUUUUCUCACCAUCCAGCUUGGUAGUACUGUAGCUGUCUUUUACAACCCAGCUCGGGCAGCUCUUCUCCACUGUAUUGAUUGAUCUUGACUUGGUAAUACCUGUUCUACUAUUGAUAGCUAUCUAUCUAUCUAUCUUGCCUUAUCUUAAAAACAAGCAGAAGAAGAAGCAGCACCAGUGCCAUUUUUCUCAAAAGACCGACCACCACACAACAACAACAAUCCCCUCUUUAUUGCUACUAGACUAUUGGAGACAUUGAAUAUUCUAUUGCCCGCUGUUUUUGUUAUCUACAGCUUCAUUUAUUCAUCUAUCCAACAACCAAUAUACAACAACACAACAAGCAACUAGCAAGCAACCAACUAAUUCCAAAGAUGACCAACUCGACGGGCCCGAAUGUCCCUAUUAUGCAGUACGGCUACCGCGACGAUGACGACGAUGACUCGGAAGACGAAUCGCAGCGCAUGGGUGGUUUCUUGGGUGGCGUGUUGCGUGGCAGCAGCGGCAAUGCCGAUCGACCCGGCAUGAGCACGCUGGCGGCCAAAUUGGGCGGUUCCUUCAUGGGAAGUUUCAACCAUGGGAGUCAACGAGGAGGCUUGAACCAUGAAGAAGACGAUUAUGACCAUCAUCACAACAAGCAGUGCAAAGGCAAUGAAGACGACGAGGAUGACUCGGACGACGAUUCACAAAGCAGUCACGAAUCAGUGGCGCAAAAGGCAUCGAAAGCACUCAAGAAAGUCGGGCAGAGUCUUCGACUCGGUAGACGAAAAGACGAUGAGUCGUCUUCGGAAGAAGAAGACUCGGAUGAUGAUGAAGACGAGACGGAAGAAGACGAAGACGACGACGAAAUGAGUAGUUCUGUCAAGUCGUUUGCGUCUCGUACUCUUUCCAAAGUCACUGGCAAGGUAUCCAAUGUGCUGCGGCUAGGACGACGCAGUGACGACGAUGACAGUGACAGCGACGAUGAUGAAGAAGAAGACCCGCUCUCUGCCGACUUUAAUCCUCGAACUAGCACGGGCUCACACACGAGUCAUUCGGGAUCAUCUCUCCACAUUCCCGGCGACAAUAAUAAUAAUCCUCGUCACAGUCGACGUCGCAGCAACGAACGAGAAUCCGCCAAUAAUAAUCGAAGGAGCAGCAACGAACGAGAAAAACCAUCGCUGUUUACACGAUCCUUGACAUCCUCUGCCAAUCCGUCAUCCAAAGGAGGCCUCUUUCGACGAUCCAGCAACGAACAACAAACACCACCUAGCAGUGGUUUGCGUCGCUCCAACACCACACAACCCGCACCCACAAAAACAUCGCCUCGUCGGACACGAAGUGGUGAUGGAUCACCGACACGAGGCAACCUUCGUGUCAGUCGCAAUCGAGGUGCCGUUACACCAAAGGCUGCGGCAGUUGCGUUGGCGGCAGAAGACGGCGUCGCUCUCAAACUCGCCGUCUCUGCCACCAAGAAAAAACCCACCCGUCAGCGGUCGCACGGUCGUGUCACGCCCAAAGCCGCCGCACAAGCGUUGGCGGCCGAAAUGAGUGACGAAUCGUCGUCCAACAACAACAACAACAAGCAUUUCAACCCUGCCGCACAAUACGGCGCUCCUGCUAGUAGUAGUACUACUGGUGUACCCGAUUGGAGCAUGAAUGUCACGGAAGCCAUGCUGGAACAAGCCAUGUCCGAUACUGCCGAAGAGGAUGGAAAAUUCAAAAUGAAUGUACCCAAAAAUCUACUCAAGGAAAAAAUCCCCAAUGGCAAAAAUAUUCGAACGUAACGAGCACCAGAACAAUGCCACACAAAACAAAAAGAGGCAACAACAAUAGGAAUACAAAAAGGAGAAGAAGAAAAUAAAUCAACACGACACUGCCGCGCAAAAUAAAUGCUCUCGACACGGCCGGAAUGUCCUUUGGAAGGAACCAUCCAAAUGGUCGUCACAAACACAACACACACAACAAGAAUGCGAUUUGCGAACGAACGAGCGAGCGGUAGGUUCGUUCCUUUAUAUAUAUAAUAUUGCAUGUAAUAGCAAACUGAAUAUCAUAUC